AUGAAUCAGGGAAACUUUCUUGAACUUUUACACUAUACAGCUGAACAAAAUGAAGAAUAUAGAUUAGUAGGAUUGGAGAAUGCUCCUGGACAUGAUAAAUUGAUUGCUCCUAGUAUCCAAAAAGACAUAAUCAAUGCAUUUGCAGUUGAAACCAUCAAUAAACUAAUUAGUGAUCUUGGAGAUGUUUUUUUUUCUAUACUAGUUGAUGAAGCUCGUGAUGGAUCCAACAAAAAGCAGAUGACAAUUAUCUUACGUUAUGUAAAUAAAAGGAGAUGUGUUGUUGAGUGUCUAUUGAUCAUUAUGCAUGUCACAGAUACGACUGCUUUGUCACUAAUGAUAGGAAUCGAAACAUUGUUCUCUAAAUACAAUUUGAGCAUAUCAAGAUUACGUGGACAAGGUUAUGAUGGUGCGAGUAAUAUGGGAGGUCAGUUUAAUAGGUUAAAGAUACUUAUAUUGACAGAUAAUGAAUAUGCCUUCUAUAUUCAUUGUUUUGCUCACCAACUUCAACUAGCACUUGUAGCUGUGGCAAAAAAGGAUACAAAUAUUGAGAGACUUUUUUUGAAAGUUUCUUGUGUGAUAAAUAUUGUUGGAUGGUCACCUAGACGUAGGGAUUUUCUUAAUGAGAAACAAGCUUUGAAGGUGAAAAAAGCUAUUGAAAGUGUGCUUGAGGAUCUUAUUGAAAAUUCUGAUAAUCGAGUUGAAGCAAGUGAUUUGGUGGAUUAUAUGACUUCUUUUGAUUUUGCUUUUAACCUGCACAUGAUGAAAAACAUUUUGGGAAUCACAUUUGAACUUUCACAAGCAUUGCAAAGGAAGGAUCAAGAUAUUAUAAAUGCUAUGUCUUUGGUUCACUUGUCAAAAAGAAGAUUAUUGUUGAUAAGAAAUAACGGAUGGGAUAAUCUACUUGAUGAAGUUUCUCAUUUUUGCAUUGCUCAUAAUAUAGAUAUGCCAAAUAUGCAAGAGAAAUUUGUUGCACGAGGGAGAUCGCGGCGUAAUGUUCAAGAGAUGACAAAUUUAUUUCAUUAUCGUGUUGAGUUGUUCUAUGCCAUAAUAGAUUUGCAACUAUCAGAGCUUGACAGUCGUUUUAAUGAAGGUAAUACAAAAUUACUUAUUUGCAUGGCCUCCCUAAAUCAAAGUGAUUGUUUUCAAGCAUUUGAUAAGGGAAAAUUAGUUUGUUUUGCUCAAUUUUAUCCACUUGAAUUUUCUUCUACUGAUCUUAUGGCACUUGAACUUCAACUUGAUAAUUACAUUGAUGAUAUGCGCUCAAAUAUUGAUUUUUCAGAACUAAAUGAUAUUACCAGUCUUGCUCAAAAAAUGGUUGAAAAGAAGAAGCAUCUUAUUUACUCAUUGGUAUAUUUGCUCACCACAUUGGCUUUAACCUUACCAGUUGCAACUGUAAGUGUAGAAAGGGCAUUUUCUGCUAUGAAAAUUGUGAAGACUCAUUUACGCAAUCGGAUGGGAGUUCAAUUCUUGAAUGAUAGCCUAAUUUCAUAUAUUGAGAAAGAUAUAUUUGACAGUGUUGAUAAAGAGAUGGUCAUGCAACGAUUCCUCAAUAUGAAGCUCCGCCGAGGACAAUAG